AUGGACCGAGGCCUGAAAGCUUUGAAGGCUCAGGCACGCCGCGAGUGGGACGACGUGCCCUCGGGGAAACCUGGAGGAGAAUCUGAUGGCUUUAGUCCAGAGUUGGAACCAUUAGACGACUUCGAAGAGGAGGACACUGGGAUUUACAGUCCAGUGCUUGAACCUCUCAGCAAGUACCACCCAGAAGACCUGCUGGAUCCAGAUGAGGACCUUCGAGUCUUGCGACAGGUGCGAAACACGAUCAUUGAAGCUUUUGGUGGUGCCGUUUCCACGACCACGUCCCAGUCCAUCGACCGCAGCCGCGACGACGAACUGUUGGCGGCGGAGCGGGCCAAGGGCAUGGGCUCCGGCGAGGUGGCCUUCAAUGCCGCGGGCAAGGGCGACGACUCGGAGUUCCACGGCGAGGUGAUGCUGGACAAGAAGCGCUACGAAUGGGAGGACAAGUACAAGCCCCGAAAGCCGCGGUUCUUCAACCGUGUGAAGACGGGCUUUGAAUGGAACAAGUACAACCAGACGCACUACGAUCAUGACAAUCCACCACCCAAGAUCGUGCAAGGCUACAAGUUCAACAUCUUCUACCCGGACCUGAUCGACAAGGCCAAGGCUCCCACCUACUACGUGGAGAAAUCCGACACGGCCGACACGGUGAUGCUGCGAUUCAGCGCCGGACCACCGUAUGAGGAUGUCGCCUUCAAGAUCGUAAACCGCGAGUGGAACCUUUCCCACAAGUUCGGCUUCCGCGUGGUCUUUGACCGUGGGGUUCUGCAGUUGUACUUCAACGUGAAGCGUUGGCGCUACCAUCCCCGGGCUCGGAUGGCGCGGAACUUGACGCAUGACUUGAUGAUGGCAGAUGGUGGGACCUUCAAGAUCGCUAACUCCAACCGGAGAGUAACUGAGCCCCGGCGCACGGAUGUCUCCAUCAGCUUUCUGCCGCCUCCGCCGCAGUGGCGUCUCUUUCAGCCCGACAGUGAAGUUUUGGUGACCCCCCCGCGGCCUCCAAAGAACGAGGUCUUUGUGUUUGGUGAACCUCAACGAUUUGGACCCAAACCAAUGCCAUUGGAUGCAGAUGAAUGGCUUUGUAACCCAGAAGCACCGCUGACCAACGAAUUGGAGAAGCUGCAGGAAAUGCUGCAAAGCGCCAGUCUGGAGCUGCUGGAUGGCUUCUGUUCGGAGCCUGGUGAAGUCCCAAGUCGCUUGCGCCACUUCAGUAACGUCUUAAAGAACCUCUCGGGCCUCCUGCGCUUGUUGCGGCAGCGAGAGGCCAAGGUCUUGCUGCUGCAACAGCUGGGCGAGCAAGUGGCGCGCAAACGCACCUUCGUGGACCAGGUGGAGUCUUCUCUGCCGUCGCUGCGGCGGCGUGUGGAGGGAGAAGCCGGAGAAGCCGAAGGUAUUCUAUGGGAGUUGUUCAUGGGAUUCACCAACUUGAUGUCCCGGAGGUUUCCAAGCUUCAGCUCCUUCUUGUUGCCGCCGCCACCAGUGUUAUACAGAAAGGUCGUGCCCAACAGUGGCAUCGACUCCCUCUCUGGCGCCAUGACGCGAGUUCUUCCCAUUGCCAAUCGCCAAUGCAAUAAGGAUUACACAUGGACGGGCGACAUCUACCAAUGCUCCACAGGUUGGCCGACUCCGGAACUGGUUCCCGAAUUUGAAGAUGACGAGAUGCUGAAGCGGGAGUGGAACUACUGGGAGGAGGACCACGCAACUCACGAUGCUGCUGAACCCCCUUUCCGUCCCUCGGCGCGAGCUGCUGGUGACGCUGGCCUCCCAGAGGCGGUGAAGCCCUGGGAUGAAAUCAAGGCAGUGAUGUUUGGAGAGGUGAAGCAUUCAGAACCCAUGGAUGAGACGUCGCACUUUCGCCAGAUGGUGGAGAGUUUGUUGGAUGAAUCCGGCCCAGAGGAUGGUGGCGAUAGUUGGAUCAGAAUGGGCUACACAACAGCUAUGCUGCGAAAUCUUCCAAACAAGUACAUGCGCGACAAGCUGGUGAGCCGCCUGAACAGCUGUGGCUACAAAGGUGAUAUCGACUUUCUCUACCUGCCCAUUGACUUCAGGAACAAGUGCAAUGUGGGCUAUUGUUUCUUGAACUUCCGGACCUCCAAGGCCUUAGCCAGAUUCAGAGAUGAGUUUCAUGGUCAGCAGAGUGGAGAGAAGCUGCCUGGCUUCAACAGCAAAAAGGUGCUGGAGGUGUCUCCUGCUCGAGUACAGGGGCUGCAUCCAAACAUCGUCCGGCUUCAGGGGAGUCCCAUCAUGGCCCGUGCUGACAAAGAGUGGCUGCCGAUUUUACUGGAUCCCACCGGCAAGAUCCUGGAUUUCCCCAUGGUGAUGCCACAGGCACCAGCUCGUGCCGCCAAGGGCGUUGUGCAGGCACCGCUGCCGAGCGCGGGACGCAGAAGACGUGGCGCGGCAGUUGAGGUGUCGACCCCCGAGAUGUUCCAGUGA